AUGACGAUGCAACGGGUUCAAGAUCAGGACAAUGGGAUCAACAUCAAGUUCGGCCCGGGCAAACCCCGGAAGGGCGACUACAGGCUGGUGUCGCAGAGCCCCGACAACAAUAAGGACAGUCACAAUGGGACCAAUAAAACAGAGAAAGAUGAGGUAACAGAGGAGGAGUUAGUCCCACCGGACGGAGGAUGGGGAUGGCUGGUGCUCUUAGCCGCCGUCAUGGUCAACCUUCUCAUCCCCGGCACCAUCAAGUCCUUCGGGGUAUUGUUCGUCGAAUUCCUCGACGUAUUUGACGCGUCACCGGCAGCAGCUGCAUGGAUACCGUCGCUUUGUUACUUCCUGUACAGUUCGCUGGGUCCACUUUCUAGUGUACUUUCAGUCAAAUAUUCCUAUCGUACGGUAACUUUAAUUGGGGGAACGUUUGCCGCGGCGGGGAUGAUGCUGAGCUAUUUCGCGGACUCUGUGGCCUUUCUGUGCGUUAGUUAUGGCGUAUUAGUAGGCAUAGGUGCUGGAUUAGCGUUUCCUCCGACUGUAUAUAUCGUGACAUCCUAUUUUGUACGGCUACGGGGACUCGCCAAUGGGCUUUGCAUAUCCGGCAGUGCGUUAGGUUCAAUAUUUCUUCCGCCCGUUUUGGGCUUUCUUCUACGAGAAUAUGGUUACAGAGGCGCAGUAUUAAUAAUGGGUGCUGUCACGCUAAAUGUUUGGGCAAGUGCGCUUUUGUACCAUCCAGUAGAAUGGCACCUGGUGCCGGCUCGGUCUUCAGAGAGCGACGCGCACGAUAAUGGAGAGUCCAUGUCGGUGACCGUCACCAGCAGCCCCGAGCAAGCGACGGAGAAGGGCAACAGCCAGCUGGCGUCACUGAGCAACUCAACUAAUGAGAAGGCUGCACCGAUCGUGCCCAAGAGCGCAUCGAGCGUCGCUCUGGAAUAUUACAAGAACACGCCAGUGCAAGGCCGCACGCGAAAGAUCAGCAUGCCCACUGGACGCGAGAUCAGUGGCCAGAUGCACAGCACGCCGACGUUGCAUGCUGUGCCUGAGCGCGGUGGUGCCGUGAUCGAUUCUGUUAAAUCUGCCAGACUGGCGAGGUCACCGUUGCACUCACCUAGCACAUCAUCUUUCAACUAUGUCAGUACACCAUACCACGGUAGCACGUUGUCGGUUCUGCAUCCGGAACGUGCAUCCACGUUGACGCUAAACGCUAUCUCCAAUACGUUUACCAGGAAGUCGACGACAAGGCAGCAGAAGCAGCGUGAGCACGACGAGAAGGAUCAACAGAACAAAUUCUUCGACUUCAGUCUGCUCAAGGAUCCCAUCUACCUCGUCAUCCUCAUCUCCAAUUCCACCAAUGCCAUUAGCUAUACCAAUUUCGUCAUUCUGCUGCCGGCGUACGCCAUCUCCUUAGGUUUCGACAAUUGGGACGGGUCGCUGCUAUUAUCGAUCGUCUCCAUGUUGGAUCUGGUAGGCCGUAUUGGCGGAUCCGCUCUCUCCGAUAUCAAGAUCAUGCCCAAACAUUGGUACUUCAUCGGAGGUCUGCUCGCCUCCGGGAUCUCUUUGGCCAUUCUGCCCACUUCCGGCACAUACAUCAUGCUAUCUGUUUAUUGCGCUUUCUUCGGUUUAGCCUCUGGCAUCUACGUUGGCAUCACCGCCGUCAUCAUGGCCGAUAUGCUGGGCACAGAAAAACUCACUUCGUCUUACGGCAUCUCGUUAUUCGUUAACGGAGUUAUUCAAUUGGUGGGCCCGCCGAUUUGCGGUAUAGUGUUCGAGCAGAUCGGCAGCUAUGGACCAAUCUUUAGUAUACUAGGUAUCAUUCUAGUGUUUGGCGCGUCUCUUUGGAGCAUAGUGCCGUUCAUCCGCAAAAGGCAGGCAGCGUUGAAAAAACCCGCCACGAUAGAUAAAGUAUAAUAGACCAAAUAAACAAAGUAUAGACGUCUGUUUUCGUCGUUAGUAUUUGGAAAUUAUAGUUUUUUUUCGCUUUACAUUUUCGAAUUUGAAUUUUGGAAUAAUCGAGUAUCGUAGGCAUAUUCACGUGAAUGAGAAAGCUAUCCCAAAUUCGAAUUUAAAAAUGUAAAAUUAUGAAAAAGAAAUUAAGUCGUCGAGUCGCGUAUAACUCGAUAUUUUACGGAAGCACACAUGAGCUUAAUUGCGCGAUUGCCUAAAAGCAGUCGUGCACGCAGCGUAUAUUUAAGUGUGUAAGCGAAAGAGAGAGAGAGUGAAAAAGUGGUCGUAUAUUAUAAUUAUAUAAUAUAUUAAACUGUGAUGUUAGCACGAGUGUCAUGUAUUGAAGCUACAUUGACGAAGUUUCGGACCGAGCGAGUUAUAGAAAAAGCAUCAAAGUUUUCGCUUAGUCUGAUGACUUUACACACGAACUAUUUACGAUAAUUAAUUACCGAAUAAUUGUUGACUGUAAUAAUUAUAAUUGAUCAUCAGAAUGCGGUAAAUGUGGGAAAAUCUUAUUAAUAUCCUAUAUAACAAGCAUUUCUGUAUCUAUUGUUUUGAAUAAUUACUAAUGCUUGUAUGUAAGUAAUUGAUUCGUGAAAGACCAAUGUUUAUUUUGAAAGAAAAAAGAAUAUUUUAAAAGAAAUAUAACAUCGUUAUAUUUUUCAUUAGCGAAUCGAACGAUGAAUAUGAUUUACUUGUUACAUUCAUCUGCAAUUUUGAUUUUGUGUGCAGAGAGUGAAGUAAUUCUGUUAUUUAGAAUUUCUUUUAUGAUGUAAAAUAAUACUGCAUGUGUGGUUUUAAGAAUACUAUAGCAUAAGGUCAUUCAUUUGAAUAAAUUUUGUUAUGAGAUUCAAUACUGUUACAAUAUUAAAACGAAAAAUCGAGAAUAACGCACAAAGAUUAAUAAAAUGCACUUAAGACAAGUAUUUACAAUGAUAAAGUACUUAAAAUGAGCAAUACAGUAUAAAUGAAAGAUUUAUGAAUAUAUAUUUAAAAAAGCGUCAAAAAAUAGCUGCUAUUAUUGUGGUCUUUGAAAACUAUAUAAUAGACCAAAAUACCAUUUUAAGUUACAAAAAGUUACGGAAUUAACUUCACUCUGUGUAAUAUUAAGCUUUAAUUUGAUUACAUUUACCGUCAAAUGUACGCCAUUGUAUCGGCGAUGAGAUAUCGCACAAUGCAAUCUUAUGCGUCGUAGUCCAUCUUUAUAAAGCGAAUUAGAUAGGUAUAUCGAUAUAAGAAUUUUUAAGAAGCAUGUGAACACGUCCUUCCUUGAACAGAAAAUCUCUUGCCUUACAUCCAAAGAAAAGAAAAAUUCCUCUUUCUCUGAAAGUAAAAUUUUUUCACCGGCACGAAGACUAUAAUCUAGUUUUAAUCGAGUACUUAGCGGGAGAAACGGCGAUCAUGAUCAUUAGUGCUAGUUGCAUCGGAAUGAAAAUACGAUGGCAUAAUUUAGCGCGUGUACCAAUGUCGCCUCUGAUAGGCCUAUGAUAAAGAAUACCAGUCAUACACUGUAGACAUAGUGUCUCCUAAAGACUCGUAUGCAAAAUGCUAGUUUAAUGCUAGAAUGACCGGAGUGAGUUCUACUUAUAAGGAACCAUCGUCUUAGUCACCGGAGAACCGCUUUCGAAUAGAAGCUGCCCCCCUUUUUUUAAAUUGAAAAUAGGAAUAAUCGAAAGGAUCCGCAACAAGUACAAGACUUGUGGCCAUAUAAGCAGGAUAUGUCCGGCGAAAUGUAGGUUUUACGCCUUUCUAGCAUUAAGUGCCGUCAUAUGGCGCUCAAAAGGGAUUCGGAUUGACUCGUGUUCCAGGGCUCUUUCAAAAUCCGCCGGAAAUAAUGCCUUAUGAGUAGAUCGUAAGUAGUUUGUAAGUGUGUAAUAUAUAAAAAAAAAAUAUAUAUUAUGUUUAUAUAACUCUAUACAAAUACACAAAAUAAAAAAAUAUUUCAGAAUA